AUGGGAGAAAAGAGGAAAAAAGUCAAAACAGAAAACGAAGAAUCAAAAGAAAAGGUUAAAAGUCCUCCAAAGAUAGAGCUUACAGAUGAAGAAGCUGCUGUUUUGGAUUAUAUGGUAAGACAAAAUAGACCUUACAGCGCUUUAAAUGUUACUGACAAUCUUCGAGGCGCUGUGAAAAAAACAAACUGUGCGAAGGUACUUGAUAGACUAACUGAACUAAAGAAGAUUCAAGCCAAAGACUUUGGGAAAGCUCGUAUUUAUUUGGUUAAUCAAGAAUCACUGCCUCAAGCAAGCGAAGACGAAAUUGCAGCUAUGGAUCAUGAAAUUGCUGAGAAAACAGAGGAGAUGAAUAAAUUGAAAGAAGAAACUAAAGAUAUUCAAAUUCAAAUUAAAGAAUUAGAUGAAGAGUUAAGUAUGGAAGAAAUUGAAAAAGCAUUAAGUGAGCUAAAUCGAGAGGUAGAAGAGUUGCAAAACGAAGUCCAAAUGUUAAAAGAUGCAGGAUGCGUGACAGAAGAAGAAAGCAAAGCAUUGGAGAUUCGAAGGAAAAAUAUUUUGCCUGAAUUUCCCCAUUUAAACUGGAACACAAAAUCUUGUUGCAAUUUUUUCAGGUGCUAUUUUUUUUUUAAAAAAUUUAAUAUAGCUGUUUAAAAAUUAAACGAUAUCGAUAUUGUGAAUUUUAAUUUAUUUUAUUAAAGAAUUAAAUUAAAAUAUUAAUCAAUUUAGCGUUUAAAGCGUUCAAAUAGCAUUCUACUUGCACUCCUUCCGCUUACCUAUGUCGAAACUAUUUACCUGAAGAAAAAAAAAUUUUACCUAUAUUUUGUUCCAAUUUAAAGAGGGGAGGAAGAAUCCAAGAGAAAGAGAAUGUUUAAUGAGUUCUUAAGAGGUAUUGCUGACAUGAUGGAUGUCUCAUUAAAAGAAUUGAAGAAUAAAAUUGAAAUUGAUGAGCCUUAA